AUGGAAAAUGUAAUUACAAAUAAUAAUAAAGGAUUACCAAAAUCAAUAUUAAAAUUUAUACCAGAACCAAUUCAACCAUUAUUUGAAAAUCCAUUUUUUUCAGCAGGUUUCGGAUUGAUAGGUGUUGGUUCAAUUUUAGCAAUGGGUAGAAAAGGAUUUCAACAAGCAAUGAUACAAUCGAGAAGAUAUUUUUUUGUAUCAGUAGAGGUACCAAGUAAAGAUAAAUCAUUUCAUUGGUUAAUGGAAUGGUUAGCAACUAAAAAGAAUAAAAACACAAGACAUGUUAGUGUUGAGACUACAUUUCAUCAACAUGAAUCUGGUGAUAUAGUAUCAAGAAUUAAUUUUGUACCAAGUGUUGGUACACAUUAUGUAUUUUAUAGAGGUAGAGUUAUAAAAGUUGAGCGUUCAAGAGAGAAGAAUGUAAUAGAUAUGAAUAGUGGUAAUCUUUGGGAAUCAAUUACACUCACAACUUUAGGUACUGGUAGACAAGUUUUCCAAAAUCUAAUUGAAGAGGCAAAAGAGAUGGCUUUAGAGAAAGAGGAGGGUAAAACUUUAAUUUAUACAUCAAUGGGCACCGAUUGGAGAAGAUUUGGCCACCCACGUAGAAAGAGACCCAUUUCAUCGGUCAUUUUGGAUAAAGGUAAAUCGGAAUUAAUCAUUCAAGAUGUUAAGAAAUUUUUAAAUAAUUCAGAUUGGUACAAUGAUAGAGGUAUUCCAUAUCGUCGUGGUUAUCUUUUAUAUGGUCCACCAGGUACAGGUAAAAGUAGUUUUAUCACUGCUUUAGCAGGUGAACUUCAAUUAAGUAUUUGUAUACUAAAUCUUGCUGGUAAAAGUGUUAGUGACACUUCAUUAAAUCAAUUAUUAGCAACUGCACCACAAAGAUCAAUUAUUUUAUUAGAAGAUAUUGAUUCUGCAAUUCAAACUGGUAAUCAUGAUUUAUCAGCAAAAAGCAAUUCUGCCAAUGCACCUUCAAUUUCAUCAGGUGGAUUACAAUAUCAAGGCUAUUAUGGCAAUCCUUCAGUUAGUAGUGGUGGUUCUGCUUUAACUUUUAGUGGUUUAUUAAAUGCAUUGGAUGGUGUAGCCGCAAGUGAAGGACGUAUUUUAUUUAUGACAACUAAUCAUCUUGAAAAACUUGAUAAAGUUUUAAUUAGACCUGGUAGAGUUGAUUUACAAAUCGAAAUUGGUUUAUGUUCAUCUUAUCAAAUGGAACAAAUGUUUUUAAAAUUUUAUCCAACAGAUUUCGAUUUAGCGAAACAAUUUGUUGAAAAACUUGAAAAUUAUAAAUUUAGUCCUGCUCAACUUCAAGCUUACUUUAUGACUUAUUCAAAUAAUUCAAUUGAAGCAAUUAAUAAUUUAAAUGAAUUAAUAAAAAAAUAA